AUGGGCUCCAAGACUCUGGAAGAUGAGGAUCCUGGAAGGCAAGACGCCCCGCCUGCCAACGGAUCCAACGGCACGGGCGGUGAACCACGUGGCAAGCACAUUUCUCGCGAUGGCGACGGGUGCGUGGGAAGUGACGGAUGCGAUGAGGACGAUGACGAUGAUGACGAGGCAGAAGCCGCCGCCGCCGCCGCGCUAGCAGGUGCUGCUGUCUCGACAGUGGACAAGAAGAAGAAACGUAAGCGGUCCAAGAAGAAGAAGAAGAAAGCUGCAGCUUCCCUGCAGCAGUCUUCGCCUCCUCGGAUUCCAUUGGAUGAACUGUUCCCGUUGGGAGAGUUCCGGCCAGGCCAGCUCAUGGAGUACAAUGCGCCUCUGGAUACGAGUGUGCGUUUCAAGGCCAAAGAAUUGCGCCUGCAAGGACGUCCCAACUUGGACGAUGCUGAAUUUCUCAACAACUACCGAAAGUCUGCAGAGAUUCAUCGUCAGGUCAGACACUGGGUUCAAGAAACGGUCAAACCUGGCCACACUCUGUCCGAGAUUGCGGUUGGCAUCGAGGACGGUGUCCGGGCACUCCUCGGUAACCAGUGUCUCGAGCCUGGCGCUUCUCUUCGGUCUGGCCUGGGCUUUCCUACCGGUCUCUCGCUGAACCAUUGCGUUGCCCACUACACGCCCAAUCCGGGCCAGAAAAAUGUAGUUCUUCAGUAUGACGAUGUUAUGAAGGUGGACUUUGGCGUCCAGAUCAACGGUUGGAUCGUCGACAGCGCCUUUACUAUGGCGUUUAAUCCGAUGUAUGAUGACCUGCUGGCUGCUGUCAAGGACGCCACGAAUACUGGCAUCAAGACUGCAGGUAUAGAUGUGCGCAUCUGCGAUGUCAGUGCUGCUAUUCAAGAGACUAUGGAGAGCUACGAGGUCGAGAUUCAUGGCAAAGUCUACCCGGUGAAGCCGGUGCGAAAUCUGUGUGGCCACGACAUCAAGCAGUACCACAUUCACGGUAAAAAGAUGAUUCCAUUCAUAAAGAACUCGGAUGUGACCAAAAUGGAAGAGGGCGAAGUCUUCGCAAUUGAGACGUUUGGGUCGACUGGCCGCGGCUACACCCGCGAAGAGAAUGGCAUUUACGGGUACGGACUAAACGACGACGCUCCAUCGCAUGUACAUCUUCCUCUUUCCUCGGCCAAUCGGGUGUUUAAGACAGUCAAGGAAAAUUUUGGUACCCUUGUGUUUGCGCGCCGAUAUCUUGACCGCCUCGGAGUUGAUCGCUACGUCGCUGGGCUUAAUUGCCUUGUAGCAAAUGGCAUCUUGGAAGCAUAUGCUCCAUUGGUUGACGUUGCCGGGUCGUACUCGGCACAAUUCGAGCAUACUACUGUUACCGCCACUCAGCGCGAUGUAUCUACCCAGAUCCAGUACACAACAGAGUUUGUGACCAAGACAUCCGUGUCUACUUUGACGACUAGCUACCCCGUCACCAUCACCAGUCUCAUCAACUGCACCAAGAAGCCGCCUGCGCCGUCUGCAUCACGAACAAGACGCACCCCCGUUGGCCAUGGACAAGAAGCGCCGCUCGAAUGCGACACUGUGACUUCAACGCAAUGGAUAACCGACACGUCAACGACUACAGUUUUGGUCCCGACUACAAUCCUGGUCCCUACCGUGUCCAUUGUGCCAACUACAAUUACCGACAGGGCGACGGUGACGCAGACUCGCAACCAGUCCGUCACGGUGUGGGUGCCGACGACUUAUACGGCAACUAUCACGCGCACGUCACAGUAUCCUGUUACUGUCACGUCGGCACAUGAUGUGACUGUGACUACAACAGAGACUACGACGGAGACAAUUGUCACGACGCUGACGACGAGCUACCCCGUCGUCUCGUACGAGACCGUGACCCAGCCAGCUUUUACGAUAACCCAGCCGGCCUUUACCGUGACUCAACCAGCCUCGACGGUGACCCAGCCAGCCUCUACCCUGACCCAGCCAGCUUCUACCCUGACCCAGCCAGCUUCUACCCUGACCCAGCCGGCAUCGACAAGCAAAAUUACCGUCUGUCCUGCACCGACCGGGCUCUACGCACCGCUUGCGCCAAGCUCCAACCUCACGUUUGGCUGCUCGCCCGGCAGCGUCUGCUCGCCGCCCAAGCCGCAGGGCUGCGACAUGUGGCCGGGGCUGCCCUCUGACGACUUUGUGUGCCGCGCAAACGAGUGCAUCCCCUCGCCGCCCUUUACCCAGACUCACUGGUCGGACAAUGCGACAAGCUACUACUAUCCCCCGUCAAACGGCUACUUUAAUCUCGAUCCAACAGACUUUGGCCUCACCUAUGAUGUGUUUGUGAACCACGCCGGUCAGACACGGGGGCAGCGUGGCCGGUCCUUGGUGAAGCGAGCACCGGCUCCUCCCUCUCGAUGCUUUGACGAAUGCAACAAUGCCUAUCUCAUCGCCGAAGCCGGAGGCAAGACUGACGAGCUUUGUCGGCCCCGCUCCUCGUUCCAGGUUGGGUUCGAGCUGUGCACCGCGUGCAUCAAGACGCAUGCCAGCGUGUCGUCGUCGAGCAGCAGCACGAUUGACGACUACAUUGGGUCGGUGUUUGCGCAGUUUCUCAACUUUUGCAACGGCCGCCGCUCAGAACCGACGAGAAGCACGAUGGUCUCUGCACAGCCAAACAGCAGCAGCAGCAGCAGCAGCCCAGCUGGCCCAGACCAGGCACUGUUUUCCCAGCCACUGCACACGACGACGCAGGUGGGUGCGAGCUCGGGCGGCUUUGAGCCCUCGCCAAGCACCACCACCACCACCACCACCGCGCAAGCCACCCGCUCGGCCACAACUACUGAGAGACCAAGGGUGUCUAGCAGUGUUGAUUCGGGCGCCGAGGAUCUUCAAACUACUGCUUCCAAUACCGGCGCCGUUUCUGCCGCCAAGACAAGCCAGAGUAGUAUUACUAGUAGUAGUCGGCCGGAAGCUGGAACCGUUUCCUCAAUUGCCCACCACAGCGGUGCGGCGGGAGAAGAUGAGUCGUCGACGCAUCAUGCAAUGUCCACGACCCCUGUUGUUGUCAAGUCUGACUCUACGAGCCAGAAUCCCCCUGUCACCGCCAGCGCUACCUUGACGCCCAAAAGUACUGGUAUGCCACUGGUGCUUGUGAAUGGGGUCACUGGUCGCUGUGGCCUUGCCGGUGCGGCGCCAGCAUUGAUUGUGGCCAUGAUUGUUCUGAUAAUCUAG